UCACAGUCGACAGGACUCCCAGUAACUUGGGCUGCCAGUCAUAGAUACACACAACUACAUAUCAGAGCAGGAAGAGAUGGCCAACUUAAAGACGUUAUGUGUUGGUAACUUGGUAUUUAUGCUUGUGUUCGUGCUGAUUUCAGCAUUUGUCUUCGCCGAUGCUUCUUCUGAACAGACGAAGACGGUGGAAUUCAACGUAAAGCCGGGAGGAGUUGUGCACACCUUCACAGAGGGGAUUGGGGAGUAUGAAUGCACAUUCACUUAUGCUUCACAAGGGGGAACCAAUGAGCAAUGGCUCAUGAGUGUGGGCCUGAGUGAUGAUGACAGACUCUUUUCCUGCUCUGUGUGGAGGCCUCAGGGGAAAUCAUACCUGUUUUUCACUCAGUUCAAAGCUGAACUGAAGGGAACCAAAAUUGAAUAUGCCAAUGCCUAUUCACAGACAGCAGCAACAGGACAGAGUGACGUGCCUUUGAAGCCAGAGGAAUUUACCAUAGGAGACACAACAGUGACCCAUAACGAUGGAAAGUUCAAAGCUCAACUCUCCAAACUGACCGCCAUCGGACGGACACGACACGUCGAGCUGUAACCUUGGUCAGGCUUUGACCAGUCAGAGCAGCUUGGUGAGCUCUGAGUUGGGCCUCUGUGUUUCAGCUCAGAAGUCGGUGAAAGAUGGAUAUUGAUUUUGCCUUUGUGUGUCAGUAGAUUAACUAACUGGUAUUUUCUUACCACAGCAGAUUCGUGCUACUUGGGAUAAAAAGAAUAAAACAGUGAGGUUUCCAGACACAUAAUGUCCUGAUUAAAAUUCUGCCAUUAGAAAAAGUGCUUCCAUAGUUGUUUGUUAAUAUGUGAGGAUAUAAGGUUUACAGAUAAUAAAUCUGCUCUGAUCCAAAGGGAAUGUAUGUGAAUAUAUAAAUGAUUGGUGUCUGGGGGCCACUAGAAUAUAGAUAACGCAUUUAGAGUUGGGACAGGAUUUAUCCAUCUUGUGUAAUCCUGAGAGGAAAGUAAGUAAUACCCAAUAUCGUCAUCUCCCCCACAUAAAAAAAUGACACUUUUCUCUGUUUCAUUCUGUUGUGAACUGUUGUUAAGUUGAAUGCCUCAGUUUCUGUCUCCAUUUCUCUGUUGGUUUUAUCUUUAUCUGUCCCUGAUCACUGCAAGCUCCACAUUUGAUCGCCCCCACAUCAUAAAUCAGUGCUAUUUGUGAUAAGUUUUUGUUUGGUGCUUUUUUUGGCCAUAAGUAAUGUUUUGUAGUAGAGCGGAUACCAGCUUCAUGGUAUUAUGAGAACAAUAUACAGGAUACACUGAGGAAUAUAGAUGGAAGUUAUUGUUACUAGAAAACUAGGGAACUGUGGAGCUCACAAAGGCCUGAAAGAUGUUUUUCAUCUUGUACAUACAACUCAACAUACAGUAGUUCUUCCACACCAGAAAGGCUUACAGACAUGUCAGAUCACACAGUCUGACUUGGAUAAAAGAAAACAUCAUUGUUUGGGACAUGGGGGAGGAAAUAACUUGAAUUAUUUAAACCAUGUAGGAAAUAAUAUCACUUUCAUCCAUAAAGUCCCUUAUUUCCUACAUACUCUCUUAAUAUUACAUUAUUUUAGUUGUUGUUUUUAGAUUACUUGAUGAUUAUAUCAUGUAAAAUUUGAUUAAAAAAGCUAAAUUGCCUGGUAGUGAAUAUAGAAGGAAGAUGCAGUCACGUUUCUGAGCCCUUCUUCAACCCUUUGCUUUCAUCCUUCAGUGGUGCAUGUGUGGAUCAGUUAGGAUAUUGUGCAGGUUUCAAUAGUACGUCAUUAUUUUAGGUCCCUCUCCUCCUUCUGCUCUCUUAUGUAGCAAGCCGGAUUGCCUUCAUCUUCCUUACAUUGAUCCAACCCUCUUAGAUCCACACAAGUGUCCAGAGGAUGAGUUCUGGGGAUUGAUUUCAGAUAUGAGGACUGUGCUGAUUUGAUUUUGCGGUCUGAUUACUUUCUGAGGUUUUCGUACCUUGUUUGGUCUGGGUCUGUUUAGAGACGAUCCUCUGGAGCUGAACGAAUGCUCAGCUGGGAUGUUUAUAUGUCCCCUUGCCACCAUUGAAGCUCCCUCUGGGAUCACUCCAGGAAAUAAUCGCAUCCAGAUCCUGACCCAGUAUAAAAACACACACAUACACACACAAGACGUUACUUAUUUUGUACCUUUCUUUUUUUUCUACUUGAUCUUGAUUGUUCUGGCUCAUGACGAAAUGUGAUGGAUGUUUCAAUAAAGACAUGUUGUCACUGUUCUGGA